UGGGAAGUCAUGACGUACGCGGGUCAACCCACGGAACGGUCAGCUUGUUUGCCAGUCCCCUACCUCUAUGCAACUUGCCUCGGUUGGUCAAAUAAUGGAAGUUAUGUUGAUCUGAAUGGACAGUCUGUGUGAGAAGUGCUGCUACGCCACGGACAUAUAAGUUAUAGUUCAAACAGGUGUAGCUUACAGAACCGGAACCGGAAGUGGAAAGCCUAAACAUCAGGAUGGACGACAACUGUUGCUCGUACGACAUGAUGGUGGUGGAACUUAUUUUCUUUCUAUACAAGACGGGAGAAUCAAUGCUUGACGCCACUACCCGUCCAUAUAUCGUGAAGGCAGUGUGUCAAGAAACCUUUCCUCAUAACGCCUCUAUCUGCUUCGACCUUGACCAAUAUCCCGAGCACGAGAACAACGUGCAGGCUAUCGCUGGAAGCUAUCUGAUGUACUACCGUCUUCUUGUGAACCUUCCCGCUGUCUUUCUCGGAUUGUUCUGUGGUGCGUACAGCGAUAGGUACGGACGUAAAUUACCAAUGCUCCUCCCGAGUAUCGGCAGCGUGCUAGGGGUCUUGCUCUACAUCCCUAGUUUAAUGAUACCAGACUUCCGGAUUCCUUUGAUUUUAAUGGGCGCAAGCCUACAAGGAAUAUUUGGGAAAAGUUCUGUAAUAACAAUGGCAGUUAAUAGCUAUGUAUCUGAUAUAUCGGAAAUGGAUGAAAGGACAAAGAAGUUAGGAAAACUUCUUGCGAUGAAUUUCUUUGGUCUGUUUGCCGGAUCACUGCUAUCGGGUCUUUUACAAGAUACCACGGACAUGCUGACGACAUUUUGUUGUGUUGUGAUGAUCCAUGCCGCGGUUGUGUUAAUUACAGUAUUCGCCAUGAACGAUUCGAUAGCCUUCCCAUCGAAACUAGUUGAAAACAAGGGCUUAAAGGGAGAAUGUUGCGAUAUUUUUAAACCUUCAAACAUCAAGGAUAGUGUUAUGGUGAUCUUCAAACAGAGACCAAACAAUACAAGAAACAUAAUUUUGAUACUUUUCUUCACAUCAGUCUUGAACCAAACGUGUAAGGUCGGUGAAAUGGACAUCACAGUGCUAUUUGUGUCGAGAAGUCCACUCAACUGGCCGAAAUCAUGGUACGGCUACCUUUUGUCAGUGGAUUACGCUGUGAUGGGAUCUUGUCUGUUUCUUAUACUUCCCCUGUUGACGGUAUUCAUGAAGGUCCCGGAUGCUGCAUUACUUCUCAUUGGGAUCACAUGCAAAAUCGUCCGGCUCACGUGGGCGGGAUUUUGUCGGGAAACGUGGAUGGUUUAUGUGUCGGUUGUGAUUGGUGCCUUUGCAGGAAUGAUUACGUCAUCUAUGAGGUCACUUCUGAGCAAGUCGGUUGACGAGGAUGAGGCGGGAAAGAUAUUCUCACUACUCGCUUGUGGCGAGACGGCAUCGAAACUGUUAGGUGUCGUGGUAUUUGUAAAUAUUUACAGUGCAACAGCCUCUAUGUUUCCCGGAUUCGCAUACGUUUUAGAGGCAUUUAUAUAUCUGUGUAUGUUUGUGAUGGUGUGUUAUAUGUACAAAGACAUUCGAUCUACAGGAACGGUAAACUUGAUGCAGGCAUUUUCUGAACCACCAACGUACGGAACUACAACUGGAAGUUACGACACAAGGGACGGUAAACUUCCAGUUGUGGACGAACUAGAGGAACAGUCGUCAUUCCCCGCACCUCUUCCCGCCACCACACCUUGACAGACCACGCCCCCUCUCCCAAGCCUAGUCCAGUAACGUCCAACCAAGUACUCCGAAUAACA